AUGAGCAUAAAACAACAUGUUCUUAUCCACGAACGACGCGAUACCGUUCAGGUCGUCGAGACUCAUGGUGAUAAAGCAAAUCCUGUGCCCCAGCAACGGGAUUUGCCCAACGAUGUCUCGAGUGACUGUUCUGGUGCUAGUUCAGUACCCUUGAGGCCAGAAAGUUACGAUUAUUCUAUCCGUCUUGGCGAGAACAACUUUGGUUCUGUCAUGAAUGAGGCCUCGAGGAAACUAUCAGGAAAGCCCGCCUCCAACUUUCUUGGAGUUGAUCAGAUUCGUCGAGCUAUUGAAUACAGGACUGUUGGCUCCAUUGGCGGGGCCCUCGCAGCUUUUGACAUGGAGACUUGGAUGGGAGUGUUGCAGCUUUGGGACGAAGAAGUCGGACUCCAGUAUCCUCUUCUUAACAUACACCAACUUCUCAAUGAGAUUGAUGGAGCGAAACAAAAUGCCGCUUCGCCAAAGCCUUCUCCAAGUUCCAAUUAUCAGUAUGCCGCCGACAUCGCUUUUCUUGUGCUUGCUAUACUUUCAUGUAUCAAGGACGCAAGUGCAAUUGAAGUGGCUGAUCCCGCCGUUCAACAACUUCAUGGAAUAGUCCUGGUGCAAGUUCACACUGGCCGCCUUAGACGGGAAUCUAUGGUACUGUUACUUCUCACUGCUGUUUACUCAUUCCUUAUCGACCGCGAGAUUCUCGCCUGGAGAUCUACAGGAACGGCUCUGCGCUUGCUUCAGGAACUCGAUUGCGAAGAUAAUAGCGGCCACGACAAUGAUAUAGAUGACAAAUUAUUCUGGACAGUCUAUACACUAGAUAGGCGAUGGAGCUUUGGUACAGGGUUGCCUUUUGCCGUUUCGGAUACCGACAUAACCAGAAGGUCUAAGCCGGAUGAUGAAAGCAUCUCGUCAGCAUACUUGAACCAGAUGAUUUCUUACUGCAAUAUUGCUUCGGAUGUUCGAAAGUCAUUGUUUGACCAAUCACCCUCCGCUUUAUCAACCACGUCAACACGCGAUUUCCUCGAGUUCCGUGUUUUGCAGUGGCAACAGAAUUUACCAGAGAAAUUACGGUUUCAAGGCCCUCGGGACAAUUUCGACCCUUCCAAAGAAUCUCGAGGUGAAUUCAGGCUUCGGUUGCUGCUCUAUCUGAGGGCCAACCAAAUGAGGAUAGUCAUCCACCGCAAGUUUGCCACGAGGUCAGAAACGGAUAAUCUCGACCCUUUAACAACUCGCCCCAUGGUUGAGGUUGCCCAGAGCACCAUCCACGUGCUUCUUUCGGUCGCUCGUGAGACGGACAUCUACUACGCCCAGCAUAAGACUUUUAAUCACUUUCUAGAAACAGCUCUGUCAUCACUGCUUUUGGUUAUGUGUUCACCUGCGGCGUCCCAUCAUUCGUCAUGUUUGACAGAUGUCUUUAUGGCAAUGGACUUUAUAGGGCAACUCGCUAAAAGGUCACCUAUUUCUGAAAAGUUGAAGAAUAAGCUGCAGGGCAUUCAGCAACUGAUUUUCGAAGCCAACAGGCAGAGUUUGAGACCCUCAUAUCUUCACACAAUGAACGCCGCAGCAUCAGAAGGCUCCUCACGAAGAAACGAUGCAGCAGCAAUUGUGCAUACAGAACCCAGCAAACCCGCAGGACAGCCUCAGCACUCAGAACAAGUAGAGCUACUCACGAAUACACUCAACACAUGGGCACCGAUACAGCAGCUACCAUUGCAACAAAUAAGAAGCAACACCGCUCCAGAUUCGCAGGUAGAAACGAUAGUUCCGUCGCCAACGGCAUCUAUUCCAAAGCCCUCGCAGCCGAUCUGGAUCAAUUAUGAGGGUUCUACAAAUCUUGUAGUUGCAGGUAAUCCAUCUGAUGGAAGUUCCCCGGCACAGGGUGGGUCAUACGAAAGUGUCCCGAGAACUGAAGGAUUAUGGCCGUUUGCAUCCCCAGAUCCUAUGGGUCCAAAUGAAAUGGACUUGACCAGUGAGGAUCUCGCCAUAUUUCGUUCUCCGGACAUGGCCGAAAUAUUGAAAGAUUAUGAUUCUUUUUUCUUUUAA